CGAAACUGUAUCACAGUGUGUGUUUGAUCUAGAGCGUUGCCGCUGUGCGUAUCCGAAUUUACCGCGAAAAUUGCAUACGUUAAAAAGGCGCGAAAAGGUUUCAAGUGAUUUAGUAAUAAUAUUUUGAGAAUUUGAAAAACAACAAAUGGCGUUCUUCAAGAUUGUCAUUAUUACAUUGCUAGCGUCGUUGGCACAUUGCGAGCCGCCUGUCACCGGAUACUACAAUGGAGGUUAUAAUAAUGGAUUGAAUCGGCCGAACAACAAUUAUUUACCGCCCAAUGCAGGUUAUACACCCCCUAACGCCUAUCUACCUCCGCACACUGGGUCAUACCCAGGCUCAGAUUACAACGGUCUAAAUCAUAAUCAAGGUUAUGAUAAUGGUCACGGUCAGAAUCACGGACACGGUCAUGGUCAUGGGCAUGGUGAUGACAAUGAAGUGCCGAAAGCUUACGAAUUCGGUUAUUCAGUGAAAGACGCGAAGUCUGGCAACGAUUACGACAGACGCGAAAUGUCUGACGGCAACGUGGUGCGGGGAGAGUACAGGGUGCACCUCCCCGAUGGAAGGACACAAAUUGUAUCAUACCACGCGGACUGGCAAACGGGAUUUCACGCCGACGUCAGGUACGAGGGGGAGGCGCAGUAUCCUGAUACUAAUGUUUUGGGAUCCGGUUAUAACUACAACGCGCCGGAUUUCGGCGGCUCGUUGACCGGUUUCCAUGGCAACGGGCAACAGUUGCCCAAACCCUCGUACGGGCCUCCCGCCUUCCAUUGAUUUUCAUAUAAGUGUCAAUAGAAUUGCUAGAUUAUAUCUAUGUUUAUGGGAAAUUAUCGCUUCUAAUUUUUUUUGUUGUGUGUUUGACAGAUCUGAUUGUUCAUGAUUUUUUUUUAUGUUACGGAGCCAAAACAAAGCCAGAAUGUUUUAUUUCUGGUUAAAAGAUCUGGUUGGCUUUUGUUUAAAAUUUACUGUAUCACAAAUAUAUAAAAAAAACCUUAUCAUUUUUUAAGUAAUUAAAAAAAGUAAAUUCGAUUUUCCAAUGCGUCCAAUACAAGAAAAAUUGAACAAGGUUAAAUAUAAUUUUUAUCAUUAUUCAUAAUAUGAAUAUUAUGAAUGAUUUAAUAAUAAAAAUUUAUAUUGUAAUACAUGGACCCUAAAAACAUUACUCACUACAAUAUUGUUAAGUUGUGAAAUAACAUCAGUCAUUCAUGUUUAUAUAUGUAUAAGCUUUCUAUUGACAAUAAGACCGAAAAGUAUUAACCAGUAGUUGAUAAGAUUUUUGUACAAAUGUAGCUAUAUUUUUAUAUUGAAUAAAUGAUUUUUGUAUAA